AUGCCCUUCUCCGACCUCCCUCAGGAGCUUCACAAUUCGAUCUGCGAUGUCGCAGAGCAAGACAGCCUGGCUCGCCUUGCAUUGACCAGCAAAGCCUGCUACGACUCUGCCAAUCCAGUUCUCUGGAGCUAUGUCUGGACGCUCAACGCUCUCCUCAAACUCAUGCCAGCGGAUGCGUGGAAUGGAAUGAGCGUUGAGGACUACGGAAAACUGGAGAAUCUCCCGGCCGACCAAAUCCCCUUGACCGCCGAUCACUGGAAGCCUGCCUAUAAGCUCUCCUCGUUCGUCAAGGAGCUCUCGCUAGAUCGCAUUCCGCAAACGAUCCUGCGAAGGGUUGCCGGUUGUCCCCCUCCUGCCACUCUUCUGCCAUCCUUGCGCAAAUUCUUUAUCCUCCUCGACGACCAGCAGCGUCUCUUACUUCUUAGGGGACAAGGUGACCUGCUCGCCGACUACCUCAAGUUCCUCCAGGCCAUCAUACCGUCCAACCUCCAGCAACUCAUCCUGAAGAACUCGCUCGUGCUCGCUGGCAUCAUGGAUCACUGCACGCAAAUCACUAGUCUUGCUAUCGAAGACAGCGGAAGCCUACCCGACGCCUUCUACGCGCAUGCCCGAGAAUCCCUGCUUCAGUCCCUUCCACGCUGCCAACAUCUGACGAUGGUCAACCUCCUCCUGCCGUUCUCUCGCCACCCGGUAGUGAUGGAGGUCCUCUCAACGUUGCCGGCUCUAUGUAUCGUCAGGGCUGGUUUCAGCGAUUUUGAGGGCAAGCCAUGGUAUGGUCGCCCUCCGAAGUACGCUCAAGACGCGUUUCCUGCUCUGCGAGAACUCGAACUGGUCAACAUGACUCUCGAGGACGCGACAGCCAUCAUCGAGACCGGUGAUAAGCGACCCUUGGAAAGCAUCUCGGUCGCAACUGCGCGGUCGACGGGUCCCGAAGCCCUGUAUGCGCUAGCAACAGCCCUGCGGCGCUACUGCGAUCCAAAGUACCUUCGCCAAGUGAUGUUCACCACAUGCACGUACGAGCGGAACCCGGCUCUGUGGCCCAGAGACCCCACGCCUUUCAGCUUCGAACAUAUCGAGCCUCUCACCGCUUUCCCCAACGUCGAAGUCGCCUGCCUCUGCACGUCCAGCGAAAUCCGCAUCACGCCGGCUGAAUGGGAGCACUUGGCGCAGUCUUGGCCUCAGCUUCGUCGGCUCGACUGCCUCACCUACGACUUCGACAUGGCCGGCCAGCCAGUCUUGUCCUUGGCGGCGCUUGCUUUCUUUGCGAAGUUCUGCCCUAAUAUCGAGGAGAUUUGCGUCCAACUUGACGCGUCGACCAUCCCGCCCAUGCCGUCAUCAGAUUCUGACGGGUCCGAAAAUCGAUGCGUGCGUCUCGCAGCAGCGGCACCGUGCGAGAUCUCCCGUGCGGAGGACGUUGUCGAAUUUUUGCGGUCGGCAUUCGGGAAUGUCACUGUCAAUCUCCUUUACUUCGACAAAGCGAAUGAGAUAGGAGAUGAGCAGCUCCGUCGGAGGGAAGAGCAAUGGGAUUUAGUCAGGUCACUGACGUCUGGCAAGCGACCGCAACCAAAUGAGGACAUGGUAUGGGACGAGGCUGCUCAGGCUUCUAAUGUGCAGGGUUCAAGCGCUCAAGCGAACCUCAGUCUGAGGCUUGAGACAGAGUUCGUGUCAGACGCAGACGAUGCUAGCGCUUCUGGAUCUACGCGAGCCGCGAAGUCAUGGGGCGAACCUGACAUAGAACUGGAGGACGAGCGGGAGCUGCAUAACUUGAUAUACGAGGACUUGGAGAAGAGCGACCUAAUCAACGUCGCAUUGGCUAGCAAGGCCUGCUACGACUCGACGACCCCGCUUAUUUGGGAGAAUAUAAAUGGCCUCGACGCCAUUCUCAAUCUCAUGCCAGCGGAUGCAUGGGAAGGCACGAAGGUCGAAGAUUAUGUGGGCCUGUAUCAGCACCCUAUCAUCGAAACUCCCUUGACCGUGGACGAUUGGGCAUCUGUAUCCAAGAUCUCACCCUUCGUGAAGAACUUCUCUCUGGGGGUAAUUCCGGUGCCUAUCUGGGGCAGGGUUGCCAACUAUCCGCCCUCCACCACCAUUCUGCCAUCUUUGCGUCGGCUCUGCUUCCACGGCGAACAAGGACGAUUGUCCGGUUUUCAACAACCCUGGUGUGAUAACCUUAUAGCCGGUCAGGUCGAGUGCCUUCGAGCGUUUGUCCCGCAUGACCUCCAGGAACUCGAGCUAAAAGAUUCACUUGCUUUCGUCAGCAUUCUGAAUCACUGCUCGCAGAUCACCAGCUUCACCGGAUCGGAUCGCCGCAGCUGGGACGACAAGGACCGUGACGUAACUUACGAGCGCGCGCAACUAAACCUAGUUCAAUGCCUCUCUCGCUGCGAACUUCUGACGAAAGUCACGCUCUCCCUGCCGUUCUCUAACUUCUCGGCGACAAUGGAAGGCCUUGCGACGCUGCCUGCUCUGGAUUCUCUGACGAUGAGCAUCGACAGUUGGAGCGUAGAAAAACUGCAAGGAGACCCUCCGAAGUACCAUCAACACGCUUUUCCCGCUUUGCGAAAGCUCGAACUCGAAAACCUGCGGUACGAGGACGCGGUAGCUAUCCUUGAGUCUGGCGGCGGGCGUGCAUUGGAAAGCAUCACGGUCGUGACCUUCAAACCUGAGGCUCCCACGGCCUGGUAUGCGUUAGCGACAGCGCUCCAGCAGCACUGCGACCCAGAGCACCUCCUUGAGGUCUACCUAACGCAGUAUGCUAUCGAGGGGCAGGUUCUGCAAGGCCGACGUGGGGAAACCCCUCCGUUGCUCUUCGAUCACAUUGCGCCUCUCACCAAGCUCUCUCGUCUCAGAGUCGCCCGCUUUGGCACGUCUGGCGAUAUACACAUCACGGACGAGCAAUGGGAACGCCUUGCGCAGGCCUGGCCUGAACUUCGCCAAUUCGAGUGCCUCGCCUACGACCUCAUCCCGACCACCCAGCCCGCCGUCGCUUCUCUCGCGACUCUCGCAUCCAUCGCAAAGUUCUGUCCGGACAUCGAGGAAAUUUGCCUGCAGUUCGACGCUUCGUCCAUCCCGCCCUUCCCGUCAACGCCCGCCGAUCCGUUCAAUCGACCUACGAUUAUCGCGAUAGCCGCACCGUGCGGGAUCUCGCGCGCGGAGGACGUCGUCGAAUUUCUGCGGCGGGCGUUUGGAAAUGUCACGGUGAAUCAGGCAUUUGCAUGGGUAUGGGUUACGUGGGAAUCACUGGAGGAAGAUGGGGGGAGUGAACAAUGGAACCUAGUCAGGUCUCUGACGUCCGGCCAGCGACCGCUAUAUUGGAACAUAGGUGGUGAUGCUCCUGCUGCCACGUAGUUGGAUGGGUACAUGAAGCAGCAGACAGAAGGGGAAUGCAGGGGAACGCAGCGGAUGGGGCGUCUGGCGCGGCGAGAGGAGGUUGAGCGUAGAAUAGUAUCGCGUUGGUAUUAGGUCUUGACUCUUGAGAGAGAAAACAAUGUCUGUCCAAACUCC